AUGGCAAUCUCUCCCGAUCUCCCUGGUGUUGCUCUUAUCACUGGCGCUGCUUCGGGCAUUGGACGUGCGGCUGCUAUUGCCUUUGCUGAGGCGGGUUGUACACAAAUGGCACUCCUCGAUCUGAACGAAACUGGUCUGCAAGAAUCCAAAGAGCUUGUCACCCAAACCAUUAGUGCAACAACACCAGCCAAAACUCCAAACGUAUCCACCUUCACAAUCGAUGUGACCUCCACAGAGACCGUCACUGCAGUCUUCGGUGCUGUGAGGACACAUUUUCCCCGAGUUGACUAUUCUGUUCAAUGUGCAGGAAUCAUCACUUUUGGUGGAGCUAGCGCUACCUGUCCCAUUGAUGAUUUCGAUCGCCAAAACGCUGUCAACUACCGAGGCUUAUGGCUCUGCAGUCGUGAAGCCAUCAAAAUCAUGCACGACCAAGAACUUGACAGUGACGCUUACCCAGAUGCCAAAAUCAGUCCCUUGCGCGCACAACGCGGUGCUAUUGUCAACAUCUCCUCUGGUCUUGCGAACUACUCCCAAGCUGGCUCUCCUGCGUACUGUGGUGCGAAGGCCGGCGUACUAGCACUGACACGAUCCGAUGCUAUUGACUAUGUGGGCCAGAGAAUUCGUGUGAAUGCCGUACUUCCAGGAAUCGUCGAUACACCCAUCACCAAUCCAUCCCCAGAAAUCAGGAAGUGGUUGGAGGAGAAUUCAGUGCAACGCACCCCCUUUAAGCGUAUGGGUACUGCCGAGGAAAUUGCUGAUGUCAUUGUCUUCCUGGCUUCCAACAAAUCGAGUUUUGUCACAGGAGCGAGCUGGUCAGUGGAUGGAGGUUUCGGUGCUGGUUAUUGA